AUGGCGUCUCCUGACAUCAAGGUUGAAGUUGAAUCUCUUGAAACGGAGCAUGGCGCACAUGGGAUACGACAUGCCGACGACUUCGAGCCGCACCGACUGACAUGGAGGUCUUGGGCGGUUGUGCUUGUUACCAAUCUUGCGCCGGAUUGUACUACGCUACCAUUCCAUCGUGACGCUCCAAACAAUGCCAAUGCUGUUUACGGUCCCCUGCUGGUUCAAGCUGUUCUGUCUCCCGUUCUGGGUCGAUUGUCGCAUGUUCUGGACCGAAAGUAUCUGGCUGGUCUUCCUCCACUGGUCGCAUUCGCAGGAGCUGUCAUCUCCGCAAAGGCCACGAGCGAUACCUUCGGAGAUCCUACUCUCAAAUACAGAGCUCUCUCAAACGGACUGGCAUUCGUCGCGGGAACCCUCGGUGCUAUAAUUGCGGUUUUGGGCGGCGGUCGUGUCGUGGGCUUCGGAAUUUCAGGCUGGCGAUAUAUCUAUUGGAUGCAAGCGACCUUCCACAUGGUCAGUUUCGCGGGCAUCAUGGCUUUCUACUGGCCUCCAAAAAGGAUCUUCGAAGAGCGACGGUCAUGGAAGAAGAUCGUCUGGAAUUGUGACCCGAUCGGCUCUCUCGCUUUCAUCAUCGAUGCAACGCUACUAAUCAUGGGCUUGAACUGGGCUGGCGAAACUUACGCAUGGAGAGAUGCGCAUGUUCUUUCAACCCUUGUGACUGGAGCUGUGUUCUUGCUUGCAUUCGGCGUUUACGGUCGAUCGGGCGGUCUCGUCGCACAUGUCUUCUUCAAAGAUGGUCCAAAUUUUGGGCUCUCGGUCUUUGCGUUUUCCAUUGAAGGGUACCAGAGUCCUUUGUCCGAUGAGUCCGGACCUAGCUAA